AUGUCGCAGCCAUUGGGCGAUAUUAUCAAAGCUCUUGGCUCAAUACCUAUCGUUGAUUUGAAUGUGGUGUUGAAGGCGUCGUCGCAGAACUUGAAGAGUAUAUCAUGCUUUCCCACUCCCGAGUCGCCUAUUAAUAAGAGCUUAAACAACAAGUCCUAUUUGACUCGGAAUUACAAAUAUUGGUCAUCCCGUGGCAUACCUGGCCCCACACCACUCCCCUUCUUUGGAACACUUUGGGAGAUAUUCGUGAGACCAAUACAAGAGAAUAUUCUGUAUAAUAGCAACAAAUAUGGAAGAAUAUACGGGGAAUACCUGGGUACUCGCCCGAUCCUCACGAUAAAUGAUCCCGAAUUGAUAAAAGACAUGAAUAUUAGAGAUUUUCAUCUCUUUGUCGAUCACAACGAUUUUAAAACUGGGGAUCCGUUUCAGGACAGAUCACUGUUUAAUCUAAUGGGAGACGAAUGGAAGAAAAUGCGAUCAAUUAUUAGCCCGACCUUCUCAAGUGGCAAAAUGCGAGCAAUGCAUCCCAUUAUCAUUGAUUGCGUGAAGAGAUUAGAGAAAUAUUUGGAUCAGAAGUCGAGGAAUGGAGAGGACGUGGAGAUGAAGAAAGCGAUGGGGAAUCUGACGAUGGAUGUGAUCGCUUCGUGUGCUUUCGGCACUAAAAUAGAUACUCAUAACGACCCCAACAAUGAGUUUGUAGUGAAUGCACAGAAAGUAUUUCGAGGGAAUUGGAGGAUUUGGGUCUUCUUUCUGCUGUACACCACUUUCCCUAAAAUCCUUGAGUGGACAGGAUUUGAACAAACAGACCCGAGUGUUAAGAAAUUCUUCUCUACAGCCAUUAAGUCAAUCGUCGAAAGGCGUAAAUCGGAGAAAACCAAACACAGAGAUUACAUACAGCUUAUGAUUAACGCACAAAACAAGAAACAGGAUAUCGAUGAACCAGAAGUGGAUGACUUGAAUGAAGAGAUCUUCGGAAAAGUCGAUUCAACGGUUUUGAAGAAUAAAUUGAAAGGCGAUAUAACAGACGCCGACAUAUUGGCCACAAGUUUUCUAUUCUUUGUGGCCGGAUAUGAGACGACUGCCUCUCUUCUGACGUAUAUGUCCUACAGAUUAGCUUUGGAUCAAAAGUGUCAGCAAAAGCUAUACGAAGAAGUGAGUCGUUUCGACGGGAAGUAUGAUUACGAGAGUAUCUCCAAAAUGCCAUAUUUGGAGGCAUGUGUUGCCGAAACCCUGAGAAUCUAUAAUCCCGUUUCAGCCAUCGGUAGAAUUGCUAACGAAGACUAUACUAUAGGCGAUACAGGAUGGAAGAUCCCGAAGGGAAUGCUCGUCAACUUUGACAUUCAAAGCCUUCAUCACAGCCCUAAGUAUUACCCAAACCCUGAUCGUUGGGAUCCGGAGAGGUUUAUGCCUCAGAAUAAGGACCAAUUGGUUCCAUACACUUAUAUGCCGUUCGGAAUGGGACCCCGAAAUUGUGUGGGAAUGAGGUUUGCCUUAAUGGAGGCCAAGACAGCGAUAGCCUAUUUGGUUAAUAAAUUCAAAUUCGUGAGAACACCCAAUACUACAGUUCCUCUUAAAUUUAAGAAAAUGGAGUUUCUGUUAACAACAGGAGAUGUUAACGUAGGCAUCGAAUUAAGACAAUAA